UUGCGCGUCGCGAUCGCCUCAGAAACCACCGUCAAAGUAGCCACCGCCUCCCUCGAGCUCGUAACCGUUCAAUUGAUGCUGAUUGAGUCUCCGCAGAUGCUUGCCCGUGCCGCCGCCCGCGCGGUCCCCCAGACUCGCACCGUCGUCGCUCGCCGCGGCUUCCAGACCACCCGCGCCCAGAUGAGCUCGCCCUACCACUACCCCGAGGGCCCCUACAGCAACAUUCCCUUCAACCCCAAGUCCAAGUUCUUCGGCGUCGGUUUCUGGACCUACUCCUUCGUCGGCUUCUUCGCCCCCUUCGGCAUUGCUGCCUGGCAAACCUACAAGCCCAAGGUUUAA